AGCAGCACUAUAAAAGUGUGAUUUAAAAAGCUCAAACCAUGUAAAGUUAAACCCUAGUGAUUUUGAACUCCUUGCCAUCUAGUAUGAUGAGGUCUCUAAUUUUUUUUUUUUUUCACACUGACAUUUGGUAAGAAGACUUUAUAAGGAAGUGUUUGAAAAGCACCAUUUCAUCUCAGCGAGUUCCUACAUCUUCUCCCACUUUCCCAUAGAUUAAUUUAUUUUUCUCUCUCUUUCUCCCCCCCUUCCAGGAUGGAGGUAUGAUGCGAUGGAUAUAACUAUGGGAUACUGUGUGGGUACAAGGCCUCCCCCUUCUUGCCUCAUCCUCCUGCUUCUCAAGCUUCUGGCCACAGUGUCCCAGGGGCUGCCGGGGACCGGGCCCCUGGGCUUCCACUUCACUCACCCUGUGUACAAUGCUACCGUGUGUGAGAACUCGGCCGCAAGGACCUACGUCCACAGCCAGGGUAGGAUGGGCAUCACCUUAAUAGAUCUGUCCUGGGAUGUCAAAUACAGAAUUGUAUCUGGAGAUGAGGAAGGCUUCUUCAAAGCGGAGGAAGUCAUCAUUGCAGACUUCUGUUUCCUCAGAAUAAGAACUAAAGGUGGCAAUUCGGCCAUAUUGAAUCGGGAGAUUCAGGACAAUUAUUUAUUGAUAGUCAAAGGUUCUGUCAGAGGAGAGGAUCUGGAAGCAUGGACCAAAGUGAACAUACAGGUUUUAGAUAUGAAUGACCUGCGACCCUUGUUUUCACCCACAACAUACUCUGUUACAAUAGCAGAAAGCACCCCUUUAAGGACUAGUGUUGCCCAGGUGACUGCCACAGACGCCGAUAUAGGCUCCAAUGGAGAAUUCUACUACUACUUUAAAAACAAAGUUGAUCUCUUUUCAGUCCACCCCACAAGUGGUGUCAUCUCUUUAAGUGGGCGGUUAAAUUAUGAUGAAAAGAAUAGGUACGAUCUGGAGAUUUUGGCUGUGGACCGGGGGAUGAAACUCUAUGGAAACAACGGAGUGAGCAGUACUGCGAAGCUUUAUGUUCACAUUGAACGUGUAAAUGAACACGCCCCAACUCUCCAUGUGGUCACUCAUGUUCCUUUCUCACUGGACAAAGAGCCGACAUACGCGGUGGUGACAGUCGAUGACCUAGAUGAGGGGGCCAAUGGAGAAAUUGAGUCUGUUUCCAUUGUGGCUGGGGAUCCUUUAGAUCAGUUCUUCCUGGCUAAGGAAGGCAGGUGGAUGAAUGAGUACAAGAUUAAGGAGAGAAAGAAGGUCGACUGGGGGAGUUUUCCUUAUGGCUACAAUCUCACUCUUCAAGCAAAAGAUAAGGGGUCCCCCCAGAAAUUUUCAGCAGCGAAGAUCGUCCACAUUGCCAAUCCCCAAAGAGACACUGUCCCAGUUAGAUUUGAAAAAGAAACGUAUGAUGUGAGCAUUAGUGAAUUCUCCCCUCCUGGUGUCGUGGUUGCUAUAGUAAAAUUAAGUCCCGAACCGCUCGAUGUGGAAUACAAAUUAUCUCCUGGUGAGGAUGCACAGUACUUCAAAAUUAAUCCCCGGUCAGGUCUGAUUGUCACAGCACAGCCACUGAAUACUGUUAAGAAGGAGGUUUAUAAGCUGGGAGUGACAAACAAGGAAGGAGAUUUAAAAGCACAAGUCACCGUUGGCAUAGAAGAUGCGAAUGACCACACCCCAGAAUUUCAGCAGGCGCUGUACGAUGCUUUUGUGAAUGAAAGUGUCCCAGUGGGCACAAGCGUUCUGAUGGUUUCAGCUUCUGACAAGGAUAAAGGAGAAAAUGGGUACAUCACCUAUAGUAUUGCCAGUCUGAAUUUGUUACCCUUUGCCAUUAACCAGUUUACAGGUGUUAUUAGCACAACUGAAGAAUUGGAUUUUGAAUCCUCCCCGGAAACCUACAGGUUCAUCGUAAGAGCCUCUGACUGGGGUUCGCCAUACCGCCAUGAAAGUGAAGUAAAUGUGACUAUUCGAAUAGGAAAUGUCAAUGACAACAGCCCUCUCUUUGAGAAAGUGGCUUGCCAGGGAGUUAUUUCCUAUGACUUUCCAGUCGGGGGUCACAUCACAGCUGUCUCAGCAAUUGAUAUUGACGAACUUGAACUUGUAAAGUACAAAAUCAUCUCUGGAAAUGAACUUGGUUUCUUUUAUUUAAACCCAGACUCCGGGGUUUUACAGCUUAAAAAGUCGCUGAUGAGUUCUGGCAUCAAAAAUGGUAAUUUUGCCCUCAGGAUUACAGCAACCGAUGGAGAGAAUUUUGCAGACCCCAUGUCUGUUAACAUUUCAGUCCUACAUGGGAAGGUGUCUUCAAAGAGCUUUAGUUGCAGAGAAACUCGUGUGGCUCAAAAGCUGGCAGAGAAACUGCUCAUUAAGGCAAAAGCAAAUGGGAAACUGAACCUGGAAGACGGAUUUCUUGACUUUUAUUCAGUUAAUAGGCAAGGACCCCAUUUUGACAAGUCAUUUCCUUCUGAUGUGGCUGUGAAGGAGAAUCUGCCUGUUGGUGCCGACAUCCUGAAGAUUAAAGCCUAUGACGCUGACUCUGGCUUCAAUGGAAAGGUGCUGUUUACGAUAUCUGACGGGAACACGGACAGUUGCUUUAAUAUCGACAUGGAGACUGGGCAACUUAAAGUCCUUCUGCCAAUGGACCGAGAGCACACAGACCUCUAUCUCCUUAAUAUCACCAUCUAUGACUUAGGCAAUCCACAAAAAUCUUCAUGGAGGUUGCUGACCAUCAAUGUGGAGGAUGCGAAUGACAACAGCCCAAUUUUUCUCCAAGACAGUUACUCUGUUAACAUUCUUGAAAGUUCAAGUAUUGGAACUGAGAUAAUUCAAGUGGAAGCCAGAGACAAAGACUUGGGUUCUAAUGGGGAAGUAACUUACUCAGUGUUGACAGAUACCCAGCAGUUUGCUAUCAACAGCUCAACUGGAAUUGUCUAUGUAGCCGACCAGCUGGACCGGGAAUCUAAAGCAAACUACUCUUUAAAAAUAGAAGCUCGAGACAAGGCAGAAAGUGGCCAGCAGCUGUUUUCCGUUGUCACCCUUAAGGUUUUCUUGGAUGAUGUCAAUGACUGUUCCCCGGCUUUCAUUCCCAGUAGCUAUAGCGUGAAGGUUCUGGAAGAUCUCCCCGUUGGCACUGUCAUUGCUUGGCUGGAGACCCAUGACCCGGAUCUUGGGCUAGGGGGUCAAGUGCGCUAUUCUUUGGUCAAUGACUAUAACGGGAGAUUUGAAAUAGAUAAAGCAAGUGGUGCCAUUCGCUUGAGCAAAGAGCUGGACUACGAAAAGCAACAAUUCUAUAACCUCACGGUUCGGGCCAAAGACAAAGGGCGACCAGUCUCUCUGUCUUCUGUUUCCUUUGUUGAGGUGGAGGUGGUGGAUGUCAAUGAAAACCUCCACACUCCCUACUUCCCAGAUUUUGCUGUCGUUGGAUCUGUAAAAGAAAACUCACGCAUCGGAACAAGUGUGCUGCAGGUGGCAGCCCAAGAUGACGACUCUGGGAGGGAUGGAGAGAUCCAGUACUCCAUCAGGGACGGCAGUGGUCUCGGAAGGUUCAAUAUAGAUGACGAGAGUGGAGUCAUCUCUACUGCAGACAUUCUUGAUCGAGAGACAACGGGGUCCUACUGGCUGACUGUGUACGCCACAGACCGGGGUGUUGUUCCACUUUAUUCCACUAUUGAGGUCUACAUUGAAAUUGAAGAUGUGAAUGACAAUGCCCCCCUGACCUCGGAACCUAUUUAUUAUCCUGUUGUCAUGGAAAACUCGCCAAAGGAUGUAUCUGUCAUUCAGAUCCAGGCUGAGGAUCCAGACUCCAGUUCCAAUGAGAAACUGACAUACAGGAUUACAAGUGGGAAUCCCCAGAACUUCUUUGCCAUCAAUACCAAAACAGGUCUGAUUACAACAACUUCAAGGAAAUUGGAUCGAGAACAGCAGGCAGAACAUUUUCUGGAGGUGACUGUGACAGAUGGCGGUUCCUCUCCAAAACAGUCCACAAUUUGGGUGGUGGUUCAGGUUUUGGAUGAAAAUGACAAUAAACCACAGUUCCCAGAGAAGGUCUACCAGAUCAAGCUGCCAGAACGUGACCGAAAAAAAAGGGGAGAACCCAUUUAUAGAGCUUUUGCGUUUGACAGAGAUGAAGGCCCCAAUGCAGAAAUCUCCUACAGUAUCGUGGAUGGGAAUGAUGAUGGAAAGUUUUUUAUUGACCCUAAAACUGGCAUGGUUUCUUCCAGAAAGCAGUUUACAGCAGGGAGUUAUGACAUCCUAACGAUAAAGGCAGUGGACAAUGGGCGCCCACAGAAAUCCUCCACGGCCCGCCUCCACAUUGAAUGGAUUAAGAAACCACCCCCUUCACCUAUACCGCUGACUUUUGACGAGCCGUUUUAUAACUUCACAGUCAUGGAAAGCGAUAGAGUCACCGAGAUUGUAGGGGUGGUGUCUGUGCAGCCAGCUAACACCCCUCUGUGGUUUGACAUAGUUGGGGGGAAUUUUGACAGCUCUUUUGACGCAGAGAAGGGUGUCGGGACCAUUGUCAUUGCAAAACCUUUGGAUGCAGAACAGAGGUCCAUCUAUAAUAUGAGUGUGGAAGUCACCGAUGGGACAAAUGUUGCUGUCACUCAGGUAUUUAUCAAAGUGCUGGAUAAUAACGAUAAUGGCCCAGAAUUCUCUCAGCCGAAUUACGAUGUCACAAUCUCUGAGGACGUGCUUCCAGAUACAGAGAUCUUGCAGAUUGAAGCCACAGAUAGAGACGAGAAGCACAAACUGAGCUACACUGUCCACAGUAGCAUCGACUCGGCCAGCAUGAGGAAAUUCCGGAUUGACCCUAGCACUGGCGUGCUCUACACUGCUGAGAGGCUGGACCACGAGGCCCAGGACAAGCAUAUCCUCAACAUCAUGGUCAGAGAUCAGGAGUUUCCUUAUCGAAGAAACUUGGCCCGCGUCAUUGUGAAUGUGGAAGAUGCUAAUGAUCACAGCCCCUAUUUCACCAACCCGCUGUAUGAAGCAUCUGUGUUUGAAUCGGCUGCUCUGGGAUCAGCUGUUCUGCAAGUGACCGCUCUGGACAAAGACAAAGGGGAAAACGCAGAACUCAUAUAUACCAUAGAAGCAGGGAACACUGGGAACACAUUUAAGAUCGAACCAGUCCUGGGCAUCAUCACCGUUUCCAAAGAACCAGACAUGACAACAACGGGUCAGUUUGUCCUGUCGGUCAAAGUCACAGACCAGGGUUCCCCGCCAAUGUCUGCCACUGCAAUUGUGCGCAUUUCUGUUACCAUGUCUGAUAACUCUCAUCCCAAGUUCACUCACAAAGACUACCAAGCAGAAGUAAAUGAAAAUGUUGAUAUUGGAACAUCAGUCAUUCUAAUCGCUGCCAUCAGUCAAUCUACCCUCAUUUAUGAAGUCAAAGAUGGAAACGUUGAUGGGAUCUUUACCAUAAAUCCAUAUUCUGGAGUCAUCACCACCCGGAAGGCACUGGAUUAUGAGCGUACUUCCUCCUACCAGCUCAUCGUUCAGGCCACUAACAUGGCAGGCAUGGCUUCCAAUGCCACAGUCAAUAUUCAGAUCGUUGAUGAAAAUGAUAAUGCCCCAGUUUUUCUCUUUUCUGAAUAUUCAGGCAGUCUGAGUGAAGCUGCCCCAGUCAAUAGCAUUGUCAGGAGCUCGGAUAAUAGCCCGCUGGUGAUUCGAGCCACUGAUGCCGACAGCAACCGGAAUGCUCUGCUGGUGUAUCAGAUUGUGGAGUCCACGGCCAAGAAGUUCUUUACAGUGGACUCCAGUACAGGUGCAAUCAGAACAAUUGCCAACCUGGACCAUGAAACUAUUGCCCAUUUCCAUUUCCAUGUCCACGUGAGAGAUAGUGGCAGCCCCCAGCUGACAGCAGAGAGUCCUGUUGAAGUCAACAUAGAGGUAAUGGAUGUGAAUGAUAACCCACCUGUUUUCACCCAGGCUGUGUUUGAGACUGUCUUACUUCUACCCACCUACGUUGGAGUGGAGGUGUUGAAAGUUAGUGCCACGGAUCCUGACUCCGAGGUGCCCCCGGAACUGACAUAUAGCUUAAUGGAAGGUAGCUUGGAUCAUUUCUUAAUUGACUCAAAUAGUGGAGUGCUCACCAUAAAAAACAACAACCUCUCCAAAGAUCACUACAUGUUGAUAGCUAAAGUGUCUGAUGGAAAGUUCUACAGUACAUCCAUGGUCACCAUCUUGGUUAAAGAAGCCAUGGAUAGCGGCCUCCAUUUUACACAAAGCUUUUACUCGACCUCAAUUUCAGAGAACAACACUAACAUAACCAAAGUUGCUAUUGUCAAUGCCAUUGGAAAUCGCCUUAAUGAGCCCUUAAAAUACAGCAUCUUAAACCCAGGAAAUAAGUUCAAGAUAAAAUCUACCUCAGGGGUCAUUCAGACCACUGGAGUCCCCUUUGACCGUGAAGAACAAGAGUUAUACGAGCUGGUGGUGGAAGCCAGCCGAGAGCUGGACCAUCUGCGUGUGGCUAGAGUGGUGGUCAGGGUUAACAUUGAAGACAUCAAUGACAAUUCUCCAGUCUUUGUGGGCCUCCCUUACUAUGCUGCUGUGCAAGUUGAUGCUGAGCCCGGGACUCUAAUUUACCAGGUGACAGCCAUUGACAAAGAUAAAGGUGCAAAUGGAGAAGUGACCUAUGUACUACAGGAUGACUAUGGCCACUUUGAGAUUAAUCCUAAUUCAGGGAACGUUAUUUUAAAAGAAGCAUUCAACUCUGACUUAUCCAACAUUGAGUAUGAAGUCACCAUCCUAGCCAAAGAUGGUGGAAAGCCCUCUUUAUCCACCUCUGUAGAACUUCCCAUCACAAUUGUCAACAAAGCGAUGCCCGUGUUUGAUAAGCCCUUUUAUACAGCAUCAGUCAAUGAAGACAUUAGAAUGGAUACCCCCAUUCUAAGCAUCAAUGCCACCAGUCCAGAAGGCCAAGGCAUCAUAUACAUCAUUAUUGAUGGGGAUCUUUAUAAACAGUUUAACAUUGAUUUUGACACUGGGGUCUUGAAAGUGGUUAGCCCUUUGGACUAUGAAAUCACCUCUGUUUACAAGUUGACAGUAAGAGCCAGUGAUGCCCUUACUGGUGCCAGAGCUGAAGUCACUGUUGACUUACUGGUUAAUGAUGUAAAUGACAACCCCCCUAUUUUCGAUCAACCCACAUACAAUACGACGUUAUCAGAAGCCUCUCUCAUUGGGACACCUGUUUUGCAAGUUGUCUCUACUGAUGCAGACUCAGAAAACAAUAAAAUGGUACAUUACCAGAUCAUCCAGGAUACUUACAACAGCACAGAUUAUUUUCACAUAGACAGCGCAAGUGGCUUGAUCCUGACAGCGCGGAUGCUGGACCAUGAGUCAGUGCAACACUGCAUUUUGAAAGUCAGAGCCACAGAUAACGGCUUCCCAUCACUGAGCAGCGAGGUCUUGGUUCAUAUCUAUAUCUCGGACAUAAAUGACAACCCUCCCAUUUUUAAUCAGCUCAUUUACGAAUCAUAUGUGAGUGAAUUAGCCCCCCGGGGCCAUUUUGUAACCUGUGUUCAAGCCUCUGAUGCAGACAGCUCUGAUUUUGACCGCUUGGAAUAUAGCAUUUUAUCUGGGAAUGACCGGACCAGCUUUCUGAUGGACAGCAAGAGUGGCGUCAUCACCCUGUCCAACCACCGGAAGCAGCGGAUGGAGCCCUUGUACAGUCUCAAUGUGUCAGUCUCUGAUGGGUUGUUCACUAGCACUGCACAGGUGCACAUCAGGGUACUCGGGGCUAACCUGUACAGCCCUACCUUUUCCCAAAGCACCUACGUAGCUGAGGUGAGAGAGAAUGCAGCCGCUGGGACAAAGGUCAUUCACGUUCGAGCCACAGAUGGGGAUCCUGGGCCAUAUGGGCAGAUCAGCUACGCCAUCAUCAACGACUUUGCCAAGGAUCGAUUCCUCAUAGACAGCAAUGGACAAGUCAUCACAACAGAAAGGCUUGACCGGGAAAACCCUCUGGAGGGAGACAUUAGUAUUUUUUUGAGGGCCCUCGAUGGCGGAGGGAGGACGACCUUUUGCACCGUGAGAGUGAUCGUUGUGGAUGAGAAUGACAAUGCUCCCCAGUUCAUGACCUUGGAAUACAGAGCCAGUGUCAGGGCAGACGUUGGAAGAGGCCACUUGGUCACUCAAGUUCAAGCCAUGGAUCCAGAUGAUGGAGCAAAUUCAAGGAUUACUUAUUCUCUAUACAGCGAGGCCUCGGUCUCUGUGGCUGACCUCCUAGAAAUUGAUCCUGACAAUGGCUGGAUGGUCACUAAGGGCAAUUUUAACCAGCUGAAAAGCACAGUGCUGUCAUUCUUUGUCAAAGCAGUAGAUGGGGGCAUUCCAGUAAAGCACUCCCUUAUCCCUGUCUAUAUUCAUGUCCUGCCCCCUGAAACGUCCUUGCCUUCGUUCACCCAGUCUCAGUAUUCUUUCACUGUUUCAGAAGAUACAGCCAUUGGGAGCACGGUGGACACCCUGAGGAUUUUGCCCAGUCAGAAUGUCAGGUUCAGCACAGUUAAUGGGGAACGGCCAGAAAAUAACAAAGGGGGUGUCUUCAUCAUAGAGCAGGAAACAGGCACGAUCAAGGUUGACAAACGCCUCGAUCAUGAAGUCAGCCCAGCAUUCCACUUUAAAGUAGCAGCCACCAUACCCCUGGACAAGGUAGACAUUGUGUUUACUGUGGAUGUAGAUAUCAAGGUACUGGACUUGAAUGACAACAAGCCAGUCUUUGAAACUUCCAGCUACGAGACGAUCAUAAUGGAAGGGAUGCCUGUGGGCACCAGACUCACACAGGUGAGAGCCAUCGAUGCGGACUGGGGAGCCAACGGGCAGGUCACUUACUCCCUGCACUCAGAUUCCCAGCCUGAAAAGGUCAUGGAAGCCUUCAACAUUGACAGCAACACAGGCUGGAUCAGUACCUUGAAGGACCUGGAUCACGAAACAGAUCCCACCUUCACCUUCUCUGUGGUGGCCUCUGACCUUGGAGAGGCCUUCUCUCUUUCGUCCACAGCUUUGGUCUCUGUCAGGGUGAUGGAUAUAAAUGACAAUGCGCCAGUCUUUGCCCACGAGGUGUACCGAGGGAAUGUGAAGGAGAGUGACCCUCCUGGAGAGGUGGUAGCCGUCCUCAGCACUUGGGACAGAGACACUUCCGACAUUAAUCGCCAAGUGAGCUACCAUAUUACGGGAGGGAACCCCCGAGGAAGAUUUGCCCUGGGUCUGGUGCAGAGUGAAUGGAAGGUCUAUGUGAAGAGACCUUUAGAUAGAGAAGAACAAGACAUUUACCUCCUCAAUAUCACUGCCACUGACGGGCUUUUUGUCACCCAGGCCAUGGUGGAAGUGACCGUCAGUGAUGUGAAUGACAACAGCCCAGUGUGCGAUCAGGUUGCAUAUACAGCAUUAUUUCCUGAAGACAUUCCAUCAAAUAAAAUUAUCCUGAAAGUCAGUGCCAAGGAUGCCGACAUUGGGUCCAAUGGAGAUAUACAAUACUCACUCUAUGGAUCUGGAAAUGACGAAUUUUUUCUAGAUCCAGAAAGUGGUGAGUUAAAAACCUUGGCUCUCUUGGACCGGGAAAGGGUCCCCGUGUACAGCCUGACUGCCAGGGCCACUGACGGAGGUGGUAGGUUCUGCCAGUCCGACAUCCACCUGAUCCUGGAGGACGUGAAUGAUAACCCACCUGUGUUUUCUUCCGACCACUACAAUGCCUGUGUCUAUGAGAACACAGCCACUAAGGCUCUGUUGACCAGAGUUCAAGCUGUGGAUCCUGACGUUGGCAUCAACAGGAAGGUGGUGUAUUCCCUGGCGGACUCUGCCGACGGGUUCUUCUCCAUCGACAGCUCGUCGGGCAUCGUCAUCCUGGAGCAGCCGCUGGACCGAGAGCUGCAACCCUCCUACAAUAUCAGCGUCCAGGCCACCGACCAGAGCCCCGGCCAGGCUCUGUCCUCUCUUGCCACGGUCACCAUCACCGUCCUGGACAUUAACGACAACCCGCCUGUGUUCGAGAGGAGGGACUACCUGGUCAGCGUGCCUGAGGACACCUCCCCGGGCACCCAAGUGCUUGCUGUUUUUGCCACCAGCAAAGAUAUCGGCACGAAUGCUGAGAUUACAUAUCUCAUCCGGUCUGGGAAUGAGCAAGGGCGAUUUCGAAUCAACCCCAAGACAGGGGGUAUUUCUGUCUCUGAGGUCCUGGACUAUGAAUUAUGCAAAAAGUUUUUCCUGGUGGUGGAAGCCAAAGACGGGGGCACACCAGCUCUCAGUGCGGUGGCCACCGUCAGCAUCAACCUCACGGAUGUGAACGACAACCCUCCCAGGUUCAGCCAGGAUGUUUACAGUGCUGUCAUCAGUGAAGACGCCUUGGUCGGUGACUCUGUCAUUCUGCUAGUAGCAGAAGAUGCGGAUAGCCAGCCCAACGGACAGAUUCGUUUUUCUAUUGUGAACGGAGAUCGGGACAAUGAAUUUGCCGUGGAGCCUGUCUUAGGACUUGUAAAGGUUAAGAAGAAAUUAGACCGGGAACGGGUGUCCGGAUACUCCCUCCUCGUCCAGGCCGUCGACAGCGGCAUUCCUGCGAUGUCAUCCACAGCCACUGUCAACAUUGACAUUUCCGACGUGAACGAUAACAGCCCAGUCUUCACGCCUGCUAACUAUAGCGCUGUGAUCCAGGAAAAUAAGCCGGUAGGCACCAGCAUCUUGCAGCUGGUGGUGACAGACAGAGACUCCUUUCACAACGGGCCUCCCUUCUCCUUCUCAAUUUUGUCGGGAAACGAAGAGGAGGAGUUCGUCUUGGACCCGCAUGGGAUCCUACGGUCCGCCGUGGUCUUCCAGCACACGGGGUCUCCAGAGUACGUGCUGUGUGUCCAGGCAAAAGAUUCGGGAAAACCCCAGCAGGUCUCCCACUCCUACAUCCGCGUGCGGGUCAUCGAGGAAAGUAUCCACAAGCCCACGGCCAUUCCACUGGAGAUUUACAUCGUCACCAUGGAGGACGACUUUCCUGGUGGGGUCAUUGGGAAGAUCCAUGCCACGGACCAAGACAUGUAUGAUGUGCUCACCUUUGCGCUGAAAUCGGAGCAGAAGAGCUUGUUCAAAGUGAACAGUCACGACGGGAAGAUCAUCGCCCUGGGGGGCCUGGACAGCGGAAAGUACGUGCUGAACGUGUCUGUGAGCGACGGCCGCUUUCAGGUGCCCAUCGACGUAGUCGUGCACGUGGAGCAGCUGGUGCAUGAGAUACUGCAGAACACCGUCACCAUCCGCUUCGAGAACGCGUCCCCCGAGGACUUCGUGGGGCUGCACAUGCACGGCUUCCGCCGAACCCUGCGCAACGCCGUCCUCACGCAGAAGCAGGACAGUCUGCGCAUCAUCAGCAUCCAGCCCGUGGCGGGGACCACCCAGCUGGACAUGCUCUUCGCCGUGGAGAUGCACAGCAGUGAGUUCUACAAGCCGGCCUACCUGAUCCAGAAGCUGUCCAACGCCCGGCGGCACCUGGAGAACGUCAUGCGCAUCUCGGCCAUCCUGGAGAAAAACUGCUCGGGGCUGGACUGUCAGGAGCAACACUGCCAGCAGGGCUUGUCCCUGGACUCCCACGCACUCAUGACCUACAGCACGGCGCGCAUCAGCUUCGUGUGCCCACGUUUCUAUAGAAAUGUGCGCUGCACCUGUAACGGAGGACUGUGCCCGGGGUCCAACGAUCCUUGCAUGGAGAAGCCAUGUCCGGGAGACAUGCAGUGUGUUGGUUACGAAGCCAGCAGGAGACCGUACCUCUGCCAGUGUCCACCAGGGAAGCUCGGAGAGUGCUCAGGGCACACUUCUCUCAGCUUUGCUGGAAACAGUUACAUCAAAUACCGGCUGUCUGAAAAUAGCAAAGAAGAGGACUUUCGGCUCGCUCUGCGUCUGCGCACCCUGCAAAGCAACGGGAUUAUAAUGUACACCAGAGCAAAUCCCUGCAUAAUUCUGAAGAUCGUGGACGGCAAGCUGUGGUUCCAGCUGGACUGCGGCAAUGGCCCGGGGAUCCUGGGCAUCUCCGGCAGGGCGGUCAAUGAUGGGAGCUGGCACUCUGUCUUCCUGGAGCUCAACCGCAAUUUCACAAGCCUGUCCCUGGACGACAGCUAUGUGGAGCGGCGCAGGGCACCCCUCUACUUCCAGACUCUGAGCACGGAAAGCACCAUCUACUUCGGGGCGCUGGUGCAGGCGGAUAACAUCCGCAGCCUGACGGACGCGCGGGUCACGCAGGUGCUGAACGGCUUCCAGGGCUGCCUGGACUCGGUGGUACUGAACAACAACGAGCUUCCGCUACAGAACAAGCGCAGCAGCUUCGCGGAGGUGGUGGGCCUGACCGAGCUGAAGCUGGGCUGCGUGCUCUACCCUGACGCCUGUGAGCGCAGCCCAUGCCAGCAUGGGGGCAGCUGCUCCGGCCUGCCCUCCGGAGGCUAUCAGUGUACCUGUCUCUCACAGUUCACCGGAAGAAACUGUGAGUCGGAGAUCACAGCUUGCUUCCCAAACCCCUGCCAGAACGGAGGCUCCUGCGACCCCAUAGGGAACACUUUCAUCUGCAAUUGCAAAGCUGGGCUCACUGGAGUCACGUGCGAGGAGGACGUCAACGAGUGCGAGCGGGAGGAGUGUGAGAACGGGGGCUCCUGCGUCAACGUGUUCGGCUCCUUCGUGUGCAACUGCACGCCAGGCUACGUGGGCCAGUACUGCGGGCUGCGGCCCGUGGUCGUGCCCAACAUCCAGGCCGGCCACUCGUACGUGGGCAAGGAGGAGCUCAUCGGCAUCGCCGUGGUCCUCUUUGUCAUCUUCAUCCUGGUCAUCGUCUUCAUCGUCUUCCGCAAGAAGGUCUUCCGCAAGAACUACUCGCGCAACAACAUCACGCUGGUGCAGGACCCCGCCACGGCCGCCCUGCUCAACAAGAGCAACGGCAUCCCGUUCCGGAACCUGCGCGGCAGCGGGGACGGCCGCAACGUCUACCAGGAGGUGGGGCCCCCGCAGGUGCCCGUGCGCCCCAUGGCCUACACGCCGUGCUUCCAGAGCGACUCCAGGAGCAACCUGGAUAAGAUCGUGGACGGGCUGGGGGGCGAGCACCAGGAGAUGACCACGUUCCACCCGGAGUCCCCGCGCAUCCUGACGGCCAGGCGUGGUGUAGUCGUGUGCAGCGUGGCCCCCAACCUGCCCGCCGUGUCGCCCUGCCGCUCGGACUGCGAUUCCAUCCGGAAGAAUGGCUGGGACGCAGGAACCGACAACAAAGGGGUCGAUGAUCCCGGAGAAGUGACCUGCUUCGCAGGUAGUAACAAAGGCAGCAACUCUGAGGUUCAGUCCCUGAGCUCCUUCCAGUCGGAUUCUGGCGACGACAAUGCCUAUCACUGGGACACCUCCGACUGGAUGCCCGGGGCCCGCCUGUCGGACAUAGAAGAAGUGCCCAACUAUGAGAACCAGGAGGGAGGGUCGGCCCAGCAAGGCAGCACGCGGGAGCUAGAGACCGAUUACUACCUGGGCGGCUAUGACAUCGACAGCGAGUACCCUCCCCCGCAGGAGGAGGAGUUCCUGAACCAGGACCAGCUGCCCCCGCCCCUGCCUGAGGACUUCCCAGACCAGUAUGAGGCCCUGCCGCCCUCCCAGCCUGUGUCACUGGCCAGCACACUGAGCCCCGACUGCAGGAGGAGGCCCCAGUUCCACCCCAGCCAGUACCUCCCUCCCCACCCAUUCCCCAACGACACGGAUUUGGUGGGCCCACCUGCCGCCUGUGAAUUUAGUACUUUUGCCGUGGGCAUGAACCAGGGCGCAGAGACGGCAGGCCCCGCCGACAACCCGUCUCUAUCCUUGCACAAUUCCAGAGGCACCUCGUCCUCGGAUGUGUCGGCCAGCUGUGGCUUUGACGACUCCGAAGCCGCCCUGAGUGACUACGAGAGCGUGGGAGAGCUCAGCCUCGCCAGCCUGCACAUUCCCUUCCUGGAGACUCAGCACCAGACCCAAGUGUAGACAGCACGCCUGCCCAGGGCCCUCGGCACAGUCCGUGGCCAGACCGCGGGAAGGAGGUGGGGCUCGCAUCUGCACCGCCAGCAGCCGGACGGAAACAGGGACUUGCCCCCGGGGAACUUCUUCACAAGUCCUGUGGUCACUGGCGAGCUCCUGUCCAGCUCGGUGAAAAGAAAAGGCUCCGAGAGUUUCUUAGCGGGGACGGAUAGCCUUGCAGUAGGUACCUGCGUUCACGACCAAGCACGGGCACCGAGUUUCUGCAGGGGGAGUAAACCACCUGCUGGGUUAUACAGCCCAUCUCGUAUGGCUUUGUGCAGUAUUGGGACCCGGGAAGGGUUACAGCAGCAGAGCGGGCAGUAUUAGUACUGGCAACGAGCAAAGACGCAUCGUCGCAUGUCAUUUUGAGCCAAUGGGGGGAGGGGAUGAAAACAGUAGUUAUGAUGGUUGGAAAAGUUAGUCUUUUAGGGAAAGAAAAGAGAAAC